GCACACGGCGUGUCCUUGUCCACCAUGUUCCGCAAUAUGGCAGAGCGGGACAAGACCAUCGUCGUCAUCCAAGAUACGGAGGACUUCGUGUUUGGCGGCUUUGCCACUUCCGCCUGGCAGCCAGCUGGCAGGUUCUACGGAUCUGGAGAGGCUUUUGUCUUUUCCUUUGGGCGCAAGACUGACAAGCCAGCAGAGGUGCAGUUCUACCCCUGGUCUUCUGAGAACGCGUGCUGCAUGUACGCAGACAAGUCCAUGUUUGGAAUGGGUGGUGGAGAAGGAAAACUUGCCUUUGUGAUCCAAUCGGACCUACUGCAAGGGCAUUCUUCUCCAACCGUCACCUUCCAGAACCCGACACUCGCUUCGAAGUCGGAGUUCGUGGUGCGCGACAUUGAAAUGUGGUCCAUUGAGACCGUGUAG